AUCAAAUAAUCGUACAAAAUUUUUUUCCCUUAGCAAAAUGAUCAUUCCCAGACAACGAUCAAAUAUAAAACGAUUAUCGUAUAUGAAGUUAGAAAUGAGUAAUUUCGAAGACGUAAAUAAAAUACCUUCCUCGUCAUCAACAGAAUCAGUUACGAUACCAUUAGAAUCAACAUCUUCACCGAGUGUUUCAAGAUGGAUGAGAAAAGCACAAUCGCCCAUUUCUACAAUUGAACAUCACAAUAACAACAUUCAACAGAAUAGUUCCAAUAGUAUAAUUAUUAAAACUCCGUCAAAUCAAUACGAAAACAUCGUCCAACCUAAGAAAAAAUGUCAUUUAUAUAAAGGACUUCUACUAGCUUCACUCUCCAGUGUUUUUUUCUGUUUAUCAUCGGUAAUCGUUAAAUAUAUGAGCGAACUAAAUCCGGCUCAGUUAGCCAAUUCCAGAUUUCUUGGUAUUUUAAUCUUCACCAUGCCCACGCUUUCUUGGAGGAAAGAAUUUCCAUUCGGUCCUAAAAACUUACGUCCUUUUCUACUUGUUCGAGGACUACUUGGAGCUUCUAAUUUGUUUUUAAGAUUCGUUGCUUUUCGUUAUCUUCCAUUAGCAGAUGCAUCAAUCAUUGUUUUCAGCGUUCCAGUUUUCGUGGCAAUAUUUGCGAAAAUUUUUCUUAAAGAACCUUGUGGGAUUUUUCAAGGCAUUACCGUUUCAUUAACUUUAUUAGGAGUUUUUCUAAUUACAAAAAUGCCUCUAGUGAUAGCCAAAGGAAUUUCAUAUACAAAUGAACAAAUUUGGGGGAUUGUUGCCGCCAUAACUUCUACAGUAUUUGGUGCCGGUGUUUAUAUUGUAUUAAGAAAACUAAAAAACUUACAUCAUUCCGUGAUUAUGUUUAACUUUGGAUGGAUUGCCGUUAUUGAAACAGCCAUCAUAACCGCCAUCUUUGGAUUUAAUAUUCCGAAAUGUGGUUUGAAUCAAGGAUUAAUCGUUUUGCUUGGAAUUUUUAGUUUUUUUGGCCAAUCUUUAAUGACUCUGGCUUUGCAAACCGAAAAUGCUGCACCAGUUUCUAUAGUCAGAGCAGCAGUGGAUAUUAUUCUAGCAUUUUUUUGGCAAGUGUUGUUUUUUCACGAUAUUCCAGAUGUUUACAGUAUAACAGGAACUAUUUUGGUAACAUUUUGUAUUUUUAUGAUAAGUAUACGUAAAUGGAAGUUAUCUCUACCAGAAGAUUCGAAUAGUCAAAAGUAAUUUUCAGUUGUUUCUCUUUGAAGAGAAAUUACCAAAGAAAAUUUUUAUGUUUUAUCUCAUUAUUAUCAUCAAUUUAUUUUCAUUCACAAUUUAAAUUACCGUAAUCAAUGAAAAUUAAUUUCAACGAAUUAAUUAUUAUUAUUAUUAUUCAGAAAUAUGAAAAUGAUUAUACAUUGAGAUAGCGUAUA